UGGGGCCCCCCGGCAAUAAGGGAUCAUGGGGCCCCUGUGUCCUUGCCCAAACUCAAAAAAGCCUAUGAAAAAGUAAAUGCACCUUUUUUGGGGAUGUACCUCAGUGCACCUUGCCAAUGGGAUGAGAGUUACAGUGUGGUGCCGAGCCACAAGUACCUUUUUUGGGGGCAUACCCAGGGGUGGACUGGCAACUCAUGGGGCCCCCGGGCAAUAGGAGAUCAUGGGGCCCCUGUGUCUUCACCCACACUCAAACCAAACCCAAAACAGCCUAUGAGAGGUAGCAGGGGCAUCUCAUGGGGCCCCCUACUGACCCCGGCCCUCGGGCAGCGCCCGAUUGCCGCAAUGGUCAGUCCGCCCCUGGGCAUACCCCAAUGCAUCAUGCUGAUGGAUGUG